AUGUACAUCUCCUUUUUGAGUCAGAGGUGGAGGACCAGCUGCUGGUCGCGGAGCGGACAGGAUGAGCGCCGGGACGUGGUUUGCACCGGCUGGCUGAUCAAGUCGCCCCCCGAGAAGAAACUCAAGAGAUUUACCUGGAGGAAGCGGUGGUUCGUGCUGCGCCGCGGCCGUAUGAGCGGGAACCCCGACGUCCUGGAGUACUACCAGAGCAAGACGUCCCGGAAGCCGCUCCGCACCAUCGACCUGCGGGAGUGCGAGGUGCACCCGCAGACCGGCGGGCUCACGCUCAAGAGGUCGCUGCACCAGAAGUUCCCCUUCAUCGUCAAGACGUCCACGCGCGUCUUCUACCUGGUGGCCAAGACGGAGCAGGAGAUGAACGUCUGGACCGACCGCAUCGGGCAGAUCUGCCAGUGUGGAGCGCUGAAGGACGCAGCAGGUAGGAGGGGAGGGGAGAGAGAGAGAGAGGAAGAGAGGGAGGGGGAAGAGGGAGAGAUAGAUGGGAGAAAGAGGGGGAAAAGAGGGAGAUGGGAAGGGAGAGUGACCCCGAGCCCAGACCUCACCAGCAGCCUCUGCUGUGUCCGUGUGUUCCCUUGCAGGUGUGAGAGCUUCACGUCUGACAGCUCUCUGGAGCUACCGCGGUCUUCAGACCCUGAGGACCACCUCUCCAACAGCUUCUCUACGCCGCCCUCCAACUUCCCGCCGCUCGGCCACGCCUUCAGACCCCCGCUCAGCGCGCCCUGCUCUGUGACCCUCGACCCCGCCAGCCGCCUCCUCUCCUCCGGGUCCUCCGCCCUCCUGCAGCGGGACUCCUCCCCCAGCGUCUUCCCGUUCGACGGGCCCUUCCCCCUGCCCUCCUCCUCCUCGCUGUGCACCAAUCAGCAUCCAGUCCCGCGCCUGCCCCCCAAGCCGGGCCACCAACCACACGCCAGCGGCCCGUGGCAGGCCAAUGAGCAGUCGCACUUCGAUCAAUCUCGACCAAUCCCGAGGAGGAUCUCGUUCUCGGGGAUGGACCACGCGUUGACAGGACACGCAGAAUUUUCCCUGAGGAACAAGAGACUGAGUCUCAAUCUGCCCUCGCCGCUCUCCAGCCCCGCGCCGCCUCUCCACGGUGACGCCGAGCCCUACAUGCCCAUGUCGGCCUCCCUGACCCGCUGCUCCCUGGACACCUCUGACGGCUACCUCCCCAUGAGGCCCCUGGGCGGGCCCGGCGCUGGGCUGGAGGCCCCCCCCCGGGGCCACAGCCCCCUGAGGGGGCCGCAGGACGACCUCCUGCCCCCGCCCAUCAACCGCCACCUCAAACCGCGGCAGAGAGCGCGACCCCCACCCCUCGACCUGCGGGCCCUCUCCACCAUCAGGGAGUUCCCCACGCGACCCCUCGCGGGCCCGCCGAUGACAUCAUCAGGAGACAUGGUGGAUGGUUUUCCGAGUGGACCAACGUAUGAGAACGAAGACGACCUGGACGCAGACGACUGCUACACUCCAAUGUUCCAGUGUACCUCUGACGGAGCGAGCGGGUCGUGGCCCAGGAGAUCCAACCUGGACUACCUCUCCCUGGACUUCAACUCGGCCUCCCCUUCUCCCGUACAGAAGAAGGCGCUAUUGGUCGACGAGCACAAGGUGGACUACGUCCAGGUGGACGAGAAGAAAACCCAGGCCCUUCAAAGCACCAGGCUCGAGUGGACCGACGUCCGCCAGUCGAAGCCCUGAGGGCGUUGAGGAGGAGCCGCUCCCCGGCCUGGGGGGAGAGAGGACCAGUAGCACUUUGUUACAGUGGAUGAAGGAAGACGUCGACAACUCUAGUUGAAACUUUUCCGUCAAAUGCAUUUCAACAGAUGAAACAAGACACUGUUCGGAGUUGUUACAUACAAUGGCUGUAUGGAUAUUCAAGAAAAAUGAAUACUUUUUAUGUUUAUAUGUAUAUUGAUCCAAAAUGAGUUGUUACCGUGUUUAUAGUAUUUGGACUUGAAGUAGAUAUUUUUUAAACUGUUUUACCACAAUCCUUUAAUGUUCUAAUGUAUGCUGUAAUGUGUGAUGUUUUCUUCAUUUUGUGUAUAUUUUUGAUAUUCUCAGGUACAUGAGAUAAACUCAUGGAUUAAAUGGGGUUCUUAUUGAACUAACUUUAAAUGUUA